GCUGCGGGGCGGCGGCGGCGAGGCGGAGGUCCGGCCGGCCGCGGGCAGGAUGGGCACCCAGGGCAGCCCGGUCAAGAGCUACGACUACCUGCUCAAGUUCCUGCUGGUGGGCGACAGCGACGUCGGCAAGGGCGAGAUCCUCGAGAGCCUGCAGGACGGCGCGUCCGAGUCGCCGUACGCCUACAGCAACGGCAUAGACUACAAGACCACGACCAUCCUGCUGGACGGACGGCGGGUAAAGCUGGAGCUGUGGGACACGUCGGGACAGGGCAGGUUCUGUACCAUCUUCAGGUCCUACUCGAGGGGCGCUCAGGGCAUUCUGCUGGUGUAUGACAUCACCAACCGCUGGUCCUUCGACGGCAUUGACCGGUGGAUCAAGGAGAUUGACGAGCACGCCCCUGGGGUCCCCCGGAUCCUGGUCGGGAACCGGCUGCACCUGGCCUUCAAGCGGCAGGUGCCCACGGAGCAGGCACGCGCCUACGCCGAGAAGAAUUGCAUGACCUUCUUUGAGGUCAGCCCCCUGUGCAACUUCAACGUCACCGAGUCCUUCACGGAGCUGUCGCGCAUCGUGCUCAUGCGGCACGGCAUGGAGAAGAUCUGGAGGCCUAACCGAGUGUUCAGCCUACAGGACCUGUGCUGCCGUGCCAUUGUCUCCUGCACCCCCGUGCACCUCAUUGACAAGCUGCCACUGCCCGUCACCAUCAAGAGCCACCUCAAGUCCUUCUCGAUGGCUAAUGGCAUGAAUGCCGUCAUGAUGCAUGGACGCUCCUACUCACUGGCCAGCAGCACCGCUGGCAGCAGCAAGGGCAGCAGCCUCAAGCGUUCCAAGUCCAUCCGGCCUCCGCAGAGCCCGCCCCAGAACUGCUCCCGCAACAACUGCAAGAUCUCCUAGCAGGAGCCGGCUCGCCCACAGGACCAGGACUCGGCAGGGCACACUGGCCGCAGGGCCCUGCCCGGGAGGCCGCAGGCGCAGGGCCGCUGGGCCGGACCUGCCCCCCUCCUUAGCCACGCGGUUCUGGGGGUCUGGCCUGCACUGAGCUCGGCCCCUCACUGGGGGAAGGGGGGUGCAUGGGCCAGCGCGGGGGGGCCUCUGGCAGUAUCUCACACUGAGCCCAGCUGCAGGGGCAUUGUCCCCGGGCACACGGGACUGACGGUACCCUGCCUUCACCCUGUGCCGUGGCAUCUGCCAACCUCUGACCUCAGCUGUGUCCCAACAAAUGACUUUUCCCGGCUUUGUGGACACCCCAUUCUCAAGGACCUGCGAGGGACAGCAGGGCCUAGCCCCUCCUGAAGCCAUCCGCUGUUGCCUCCCUUGGGGAUGGGGUCUCCAAGCCCGCCACAGUCUCCCUGGUGCUCAUGUCUACCUCCUGCUCUCACCCCCGGGCAGCGGGCAGUGGGCUUCUGAGGGGUCGACACUACCUGAGUUACAGCCUGGCACCUCGGAUCUUCUCGCUGUUUGUACAGUAAACGUGGUUCCUGGAGCCUUCCCUGCUCUGUGGGCCGGCCUCGGGGAGUGGGGGGUGCUGGGGGCCCUGAUGUCCAAACCAGCUGGACUGGACGGGUCUGGGGAACCUCUGCCUGGCUGCCCCCAGCCUGGGUGCAGGUCACGGCAGCCUGCACACAAGGGGGGCCCCUGGCGCCAGGCCGCUGGAGCUGGCCAGACGGAGCUGAUGACCCUGCCUGCCAGGUCAGAAGGUCAGGCCUGGGGUCGCCUUUGUCUG